AAAGAAGGAGCCAAAAUGAAGACAGCUGCCAAGGGUUUUGGGAAGUCUAUAAUGGACUCUUCAGGUUGGUGGAACAGAAGAAUAGUGCUGAUGGUGUAUGUCGUCUUGGAGCUAGUAACUGUCCAUUCAACCAUCGUCCUGGGGACUCUUGAGCUACAGCUGGACGAGGAACAGCCGGCAGGCACAAUUGUAGGUGACAUCAGUGCCGGACUUCCUCCCGGCAUUACUGCAGCACUGUACUUCAUCUCAGACCAUGAGGGCACAGGUGUGGGUUCUGAUUUGGACAUAGAUGAAAGUACAGGCAUUAUUAAAACUGCCAAAGUUCUUGACAGGGAACUUCGGGAUAGAUACAACUUCAUCGCAGUCACCAUGACAGGUGUCACCGUGGAAGUGACAAUCAAGGUGAUCGACAUAAAUGACCACGCCCCAAUGUUCCCAAGAAAACAGGCCACCUUUAAAAUCCCUGAGCAGACUGCCAUUGGCACCAGGUUUCCUCUCGAUCCAGCUGUUGAUGCUGAUAAAGGCCAGCUCACAACACAGGGUUACCUUAUCAAGGAUGGAAAUGUUGGCCAGGCAUUCACAUUGGAGACAAGGAGGGGCAGCAACGAGGUCCUUUAUCUGGACUUGGUGGUCAAUGCUAUCCUUGACAGAGAGAAAAGAUCCACCUAUACUUUAUCUCUGGAGGCCUUUGAUGGUGGUUCUCCUAAGAGGACUGAUCAGAUAACAUUAGAUAUAACUGUACAAGACAUCAAUGACAACGCUCCUGUUUUCAACCAGAGCCGCUACCAUGCCAUAAUAUCUGAAAACCUGCAGCCAGGAAGCAACAUCCUGCAGGUGUUUGCCACAGACGCUGAUGAAGGAGACAAUGGGAUGGUUCUGUAUGAAAUCAACCGACGACAAAGCGAUCCAGACCGUUACUUUGUCAUCGACUCUCGCACCGGCAUCAUCACACUCAACAAGCCACUGGACUUUGAGAUGAGGCGGGUCCAUGAGCUGGUGGUGCAGGCUCAGGACAACGCAACCCAGCCAGAGGUGACCAAUGCCUUUGUCACCAUCCAUGUAAGAGACUACAAUGACAACCAGCCCACUAUGACUAUAAUUUUCCUCAGUGAGGAUGGAUCUCCAAGAAUCUCUGAAGGGGCACAGCCAGGCCAGUAUGUCGCUAGGAUUUCAGUCACCGACCCAGACUAUGGAGAGUAUGCAAAUGUCAAUGUGUCGCUAGAGGGAGGAGAUGGAAAAUUUGCCCUGACGACCAAGGAUAGCAUAAUUUAUCUGAUCUGUGUGGACCAGAUACUUGACCGGGAAGAGAGAGACACGUAUGAUCUAAGGGUGAUGGCAACAGACUCAGGAACGCCUCCUCUCAGGGCCGAGUCUUCCUUCGUCAUCCAGGUGACUGAUGUCAAUGACAACCCUCCUCUGUUUGACCAGCCAGUCUACAGGCAGGUUAUCCCUGAAGUGGUGUUUCCAGGGAGCUUUGUGUUACAGGUAACAGCUAGAGACAAAGACCAGGGACCCAAUGGAGACAUUAACUACAGCAUCCUGCAAGACCGAGGUACUUACUCUGACUGGUUCAGUAUAGACUCUGUUACGGGGAUAAUCACCACUCUUACCCAGCUGGAUUAUGAAAAGAACCCCAAUCCCAGUAUAACUGUGGUGGCCACAGAUGGAGGGAAACCACUGCUGUCCUCCACUGCUGUAGUACACAUUGUGCUUCAGGAUAUAAAUGACAACGAGCCUGUUUUUGAGAGAAACUUCUACAAUGUUUCCAUCAUGGAGAACACAGCUUUAGGAACCUGCAUUCUUGAGGUGACUGCAACUGAUUCAGACGGAGGCUCCUUCGGCUCUAUAACCUACUCUCUUGGUUCUGGCAUCAACAGCGCCGUCCCUGCUCAGUUCACCAUCAGCAAAGAGACCGGUCAAAUCUGCACCAGUGCUGAACUAGACAGAGAUGAAGGGCCGGCCAGCUACGACUUCACUGUAACUGCAGUGGAUGGGGGUGGACUCAGCUCAGUAGCCUAUGUGAGGGUAGAUCUGGUCGACAUAAAUGAUAACAGACCUGCCUUCUACCCCGUCAGCUAUGCUGUCAGUUUGAGCACUCAGAGCGCCCCUGGGACAUCUGUUGUCAGGGUGAUGGCCUAUGACCUGGACUCAGGCGAGAAUGGCAAAGUUACAUACAAAACAAUACCUGGAGGGGCCUCCCCAUACUUUACUCUGAACAAAGACACAGGUGUGAUCUCGCUGUCUCGAUCCGUCUAUGGUAAGGCCAACUCGGUCAUUCCAAUGAUAAUUUCUGCUCAGGAUGGGGGUGGUCACACUGCCCUUGUCAAUGCCAGAGUCAACAUUAGUGUGGUGGCGGGGCUGGUGGCGCCACCUGUCUUUGAACAGACUCAGUACCACUUUACUGUGUCGGAGGAUGCCUUGCGGGGGACGACUGUCGGCAUCGUCCAGGCCAGCAGUAAGACAGGCACCUCCAGAGAUAUAUCCUACACAAUUAGCUCUGGGGACCCUGCAGGCUACUUUACAGUGGACCCUGACACUGGAGCCCUCAGGACCAGUCUGCCUCUGGAUCACGAAGCCCAGUCAACUCUUGAUUUGGAGUUGCAGGCUCGCAGUGGAAACCCCCCUGCCUUUGGCCAGACCCGUGUCCACAUUACCAUCACAGACAUUAAUGAUAACCCGCCUGUUUUCCUGCCCUCGUCCUCUGAGUCCUUGCUGCUGCCAGAGUACACAGAAAUGGGAACAGUGGUGUAUCGGGUCCAAGCUGAGGACAGAGACUCUGGAGUCAAUGGACAACUCACUUUUGAUAUGUCCUCUCUGAGUGGAGUCCAAAGGACUUUCAGCAUCGAGCGCAGCAGUGGAGAGAUACGAUUGGUGGGGAGCCUCAACUAUGAUAGUACCCCCCGUUGUGACCUCCAUGUGAUUGCCAAAGACAACGGUGUGCCUCAGCUGAGCGCCACCUUCGUGCUUGUGGUCCACAUCCAGGCAGAGAAUGACCAGGGACCUGUGUUUGAUACCCUCACCUACCGGGUAGAGCUGAAAGAAGGGACUCCUAUAAACACACGCUUCCUGCAGGUCAGAGCUCUGAACAGAGAAACCCCCAGCUCCGGAUACUUGAGUCCACUGGCAUAUCACCUGCGUCCAGACGGAGAUGCAGCAGGGUUUGGCAUUGCUGCAGACAGCGGCUGGCUGUUUGUGAAGAGCGCCCUGGACAGAGAAGUCAAAGACAUGUAUCUUCUAACAGUGAUGGCCAGCCAGGGUCAAGGACAGUUGAAGAAGACGGGGAGUGCCACUGUGCGGGUCUCUGUGACGGACGAGAAUGACAACUCUCCUCGUCUCACACAGGAGCGUGUCUUCAUGGCUGUGAAAGAAAACCUCCCUGCAGGAACAGGCUUCGGUCAUGUGUCUGCCACAGACCGAGACAGCGGUUCCAACGGACGUCUCGGCUAUCGCCUGCUGCACCAACGCCACUUCCAGAUAAACUCCCACACAGGUGAGAUCAGUACAAGGACUACCCUGGACCGAGAGCAGCAGUCGAGUUACCAGCUGGUGGUGGUGGUUCAAGAUGGAGGUUCGCCCCCUCGUAGCGCCACAGGCACAGCCUUCAUCACAGUACUGGAUGACAAUGAUAAUGAUCCCACUUUUGCCCACAGCCAAUCUGGCAAAAGCCUCAUCAUACAGGUGAUGGAAGGUCAGUCCUCUGGGGUUUUACUGGGAAGCCUGCAGGCCAAAGACCCCGAUGAAGGAGAGAAUGGCACCGUCUUCUACUCUUUGUCAGGUCUCAGAGCUGAGCGAUUCUCUUUGAACCCAAACACUGGGGAGCUGCGUUCAUCAUCACCGCUCAUCCACUCAGAGCGAGCUGACUACACCCUGACUGUGACAGCCACUGACAGAGGCCUGCCCCCUCGCAGCACCUCCUGCUCCCUCACCAUUCAGGUUCUCAGCAGCAGCAAACCUUCCUCUAAGACCAAUUCUCUCUCCAUAGCCUUUAAUUCUGUGGAGGAGGCAAAGCCAGGCUCUGUUAUUGGUUCGGUCCGCCUCCAUGACAGAGAAAACUCAGAGGAAGGGGAGGUGACCUACAUGGUGGUGGGGGGCACAGAUAGAGAUGGGACCUUUGUCGUGGAUCGUCUGACUGGAGAUGUGUACCUGGCACGUCCUCUAGACUAUGAACGAGACGAGCGCUACACCCUGCAGAUUGAGGUGGAUGACUUCUCUCCGGCUCAUCCAAGCAGCACCCUGGUCCACCUAGACAUUGAUGUAGAAGACAGCAAUGAUCACUCGCCUCAGUUCCCAGAGGACCCCUUAACCAUUGUGGUGUCUGAGAGCAUGGCGCCCGGCUCAUCCCUUUAUACUUUCCAGGCUACAGAUCAGGAUGGCAGUGGGCCCAACAGUGAGCUGAGGUACUCCAUCCUUCACCAGUGGCCAGACACCCCAGGCCUUCUGACCCUGGACUCCUCGACUGGGAUUCUCUCAUUAGGCCAGGAGCUGGAUCACGAGGUCACCUCAAACCUGAUACUGGUCGUCAAGGCAACAGACUCUGCCCAAGAUGUCAGCCAGAGACGCUGGGGUUCUGUCACAGCAAGGGUGUAUGUAACUGAUGAGAACGACAACCCACCAGUGUUCAGCUCGCCCACAGCCGUCAGUGUGAUGGAGGACCAGCCGGUGGGCUUCGUGGCGCUGUAUGUCAUGGCCAGAGAUGCAGACCAGGGGGAGAAUGGCAGAGUGACCUACAGCAUUCAGUCAGGCAACACUGGAGGAACAUUUAGCCUCAACCCCAACACUGGCUCUCUGUCUAUUUUCAAACCUCUGGACCGCGAGGAGCAGGACGUCUUUAACCUCACAAUAGUCGCCGAGGAUCAUGGGAUACCGGCGCACUCGUCCAGCCAGCUGCUGUGUGUCCAUGUGAUUGAUGUUAACGAUGAGGUGCCCUGGUUUGAGGAGAGCCAGUACGACGCCCAGAUUUCAGAGAACCAGCCUCCAGGAACUAGUGUGCUGACAGUGUUUGCCUCUGAUCUGGACCAAGGAACCAAUGGACAGGUGACUUUUGGUGGUAUCUCACAGGAUGGGUUCACAAUAGAACCAGCUACAGGUGUCAUAACAACCACCAAGUCGCUUGACAGGGAGCUCCAGGAGUACUACACUCUAACAGUUUAUGCAAAGGAUGGAGGUCUUCCCCCAAAUUAUGCCAAAGCCACGGUGAGGAUCAGAGUGCUCGAUGAGAAUGACAACAUCCCUCAUUUUGGACGUCUCUUCUACAGCAUAGAGGUGCCUGAAAACCUGGAGGUUUUGCCUCUGUUUACAAUGAGAGCUACUGACAAGGAUGCUGGUGAAAGUGGGGAGAUUAACUACAAAAUAACUGCUGGCGAUCCAUCUGGAGACUUCAGAUUGGACAGACAGUCUGGUGUGCUUU